GGAGGCUCAGCAGUCGACUACAACCCGCCUCCUCCGAAAGGACACUCACGGAUAGACUCUACUACUGGACCUGCACACUAGCGGCUUGCGCGCCCGCAUACUCAUAGUCCCGCUCGCACUCGUCUGGGAACAGCUGCAGCAGCCAACUGCGCUCCACGCUCCAAGCUCUCAAGCUCCUCCCGAGUCAUUCAGUGGCGAAUCCUCCACUUGCACCAGCAGACAAUGCAGCGACCAGCCAGAGCGAGCCUCGGCUGCCUGCUGGCCCUCGGCCUGCUCGGCGCGCUCGCGCCGGCCAGCGGCUUCAGCCUCAGCCGGACGCUGCACGACGUCGAGCAGGACAUGGCCGAGGACGCCAACCUCUACUCCCAGGAGCUGCGCCUGGGCGAGGCGUCCGAGCUGGUGGGCGAGCUGCCCGCCGACGCGCGCAAGAACCAUCUGGAGAAGUACGUGACGAUCAAGGAGAGCCCGAGCAGCUACGUGAGCCUGGCCAGGGGGCAGCGGCUGGAGCUCAAGUGCGAGGUGGACGGCAGCCCGCCGCCGCGCGUCUACUGGGUGAUGGGCGAGAACCCGGGCCGACAGGUGGAGCAGCUGGAGCGCGAGAGCGUGGCCGACGUGCCGUACACGGCGAUCGCCCGCGAGCUGUCCAGGCUGACGAUCGACUGCGUGGGCCCGCAGGACCAGAGCCUGAUGCACUGCGUCGGCGUGUCCGGCGACAAGAUAGUCAUCAGCCAGCCAACGGUACUUAACGUCGAAGGCGGCAACUCGACGUGCGACACCGUGGCCAGCGCGCCCGUCAUCACGCGCCACCGGCCGCUCUACUUCUCCGAGAUAGGCUCGACGGUGGUGCUGCCCUGCGAGGCCCAGGGCAAACCGCGACCGCACGUCUACUGGCUGGACGGCGAGGGCAACCCGCUGCUGGACCCGCGCUUCGUCGUGCAGCCCAACGGCAACCUCGUCAUAGCCAACAUCCGCUGGCAGGACAUGGACGGCUACAAGUGCGUCGCCAAGUCGAGCCUCGGCGAGGCCGAGGCCAUCACCUUCCUCUAUCCCGCCGCCAAAUCGGAGUCGGAAAAGAGGAAGGCCAAUGCUCUUUGAGAAGACGAGGACGAGGAUGAGGAGAGAGAGAGAGGAGGCGGCGGCGGCGGCUACGUGCCAACGAUCGCCGCGCGAACGGCUUGCUGCCUCUGAUGCUGCUCCGAAAACGCCGAGGAAGCCGACCGAGCCUCCCAGACCUAGCACGACUAUCCAACUGAUUAUUCUCUGUCUGACGCGCUGUUGAUUCUAGAGCGGCGACGAUAUGCUUAUACUAUUACCGAGACUACGAGACAGUUAACGAGGGAGCGAGCGAGAGAGAAAGAGAGAGCGUGAAACAGAGAUAGAAAACACGACCUACCACAACGACAACCAGCGAUGUUUAUUUAAAGAGAGAUCCCCGACGAUUCUUCAUCUAGUCACUAAACGUUUAUUGCCCGAUCUGCACGAGUUCGGCAAGCAGGCUGCACCCGGUAACUUAAUUCUUUUGCUCUAGUGGCAAACACUUAAUGUACAUUCCGCUUUAGAUAAUAUAUAUAUAUAUAUAUGUAUGUAUAUACAUAUAUAUAUACAUGUUAUAUAUUAUUUUAUUAUAUAUAUUAUUGUAUUAAUAUUGAUUAUUUUUAUUAUUAUAUGGUAUUAAUAUUAUUAUUUGUAAUACGUAAUUGCAUACGUGUAUCGCAAAGGGUCUAGCGGUUACCGAUACUCGGCGGGGGUUCGUAAUCAGUCUAUAUUGUCUCGGUACGCGCUCACGCGUAUAUCAAGUAUUUAGUUGAAGGUAUUUUCUCAGGAUAUCGUGUGCGCGACUCAAUGCAUGACUGCUACAAUAUUUGCUAUUUAAUUAUUAUAUUAUUAUAUUUUGUGUGUAUUUCCGAAAGAGAAAAUUAUAGAGUUGGAUAUUGAGAGAGAGAGAGAGAGAGAGAGAGCGAGAGAGAGAGAGAGAGAAAGCGAGAAAAAAAGUACGGCUCUAGAGAAAAUCUUUUUCCAGAGAGAGAUGUACGCGUAAAACGAGAGUGAGAGAGUGAAAGAGAGCGAAAGAUAGAUUGAUGAUUAUUUUAAUUGAAAAGCAACGAAACUUUUCUCAUACUCGCUAGUUUUUGUCAUUCACCGUUGUUCCUGAAUUUGUAUUUUAAUGACAAAAAUUAUAUUUAAGUUUGAGAAGUAUAUAAAAGUUGACGCUACA